UGGCUGUUGGCGAGUAGGAAGGUCGGGCUUUGUCGUAGAGGACAGCAUUGCGGUUGAAGGAGUCUUGGGAGACUUGAUGCACUUUGUCCAUGGGCGUCGUCGCGUCCUGGACCUGAACCUACAAGUUGAGCUGCUAAGGGACAAGGACCUUGAAGGGCUUCAUCUUGAGUCUACCGGGCAGAUGAGAUGACGGAGAACUGGAAGUCAGUAGGCAACUACUACUGCGACUACUGCAAGACCUUCAUCCGCGAUGAUGCCUUCAACAGGCGCAACCAUGAAGCAUCAGAUAGACACCAAAAUGCACUCAAGCGGCAGGUGCGUACCUUGCACAAGAAGCAUGAACAGGAGCAACGAGACCUCGCACGGACGAAUCGAGAGUUGCUCAAGAUGGGAGGGAAAGUCGCGCCUGUUGUGAAGGAAGUAGACAAAAAGCUGCCAAAGAAGGUGAAUGUCGGCGUCAAGGCGCAGAAGAAGGAACAGGCUGGUGUUCUGGAGGAUGCAGAGAUACAACGGCAAGUACUCGCUGCGCAGGCCAUGCCUGGACAAUGGGCCACAGCGGCAGUCGAAGUGCCACUGACUAGCGACGUCAAGGAUGAAGUGAAAGACGAGGCUGAAGAAGGUGAUGCGGUGAAAGGCCCGGCAUCAGCUCCAGGGCUCUCAUCAACGGCACAAGCUCUCAAACGUGUUCGAGAAGGACAUGAUGAUGAAAUGCUGGGGUACAAAGUGGCCGUUAUGGAGACAAAAGCCAACAACGACGCUGUUGCUGGUCCUGCUGUGGCAUUCAAGAAACGUGCACCAAAGACAAGACCUGCUAAACCAACUUGAUGUCCUU